CCAAAAAAAAAAAAAAAAAAAAGUCAUAAAAUUUUAUCCACGCCUUUGAUAAAAUUUCUUCUUCCAUUUUAUAUAUUUAUUUAUUUAAUUUUUAAAAUCGGAAAAAAAAAAAAAGGAAAGCUCACUGACUUUUCUCCAAGAAUUUUCUCUGCAAAAUCCAGGAUAAUUCUAGGGUUUUGAGGCUUUAUUUUGGCGGUUAUUGUUCUUCUUGGUACAAGAAUCCGAUCAAUCAAUGAAAGGAGAAGUGCAGCUAGAGCCAGCAGGUUCACAGAACCCUAGUGAUUCGGACCCUCUGCUUGAGAACCCGGUUGAUUCGUCAUCGCCAGGGAGCUCAAGUGAGAUUAGGGAUGAAGAUAUUGAGUCGGGUUCUAUUCCUUGUUGUCGCAUUUGUCUAGAAAGUGAUGCCGAACCAGAGGACGAAUUGAUUUCACCAUGCAUGUGCAAAGGCACCCAGCAGUUUGUCCAUCGCUCUUGUCUUGAUCAUUGGCGCUCUGUCAAGGAAGGAUUUGCUUUCUCACAUUGCACAACUUGCAAAGCUCAAUUUCACCUCCGAGUUGAAUUGUUUGAGGACAACUCAUGGCGUAAAAUGAAAUUCAGACUUUUUGUGGCAAGGGAUGUCUUCCUUGUAUUUUUGGCUGUACAAACAGUAAUUGCUGCAAUGGGUGGCUUUGCAUAUUUCAUGGAUAAGGAUGGGGCUUUCAGAAAUUCAUUCAGCGAUGGUUGGGAUCGUAUUCUAUCAAAACAUCCCAUACCAUUUUAUUAUUGUAUAGGGGUACUGGCCUUCUUUGUGCUGCUUGGAUUUUUUGGGCUCAUACUGCAUUGUUCAUCCCUCAAUAGCAAUGAUCCACGGAUGGCUGGCUGCCAAAACUGUUGUUAUGGUUGGGGAAUCUUGGAUUGCUUUCCUGCAUCUAUGGAAGCAUGCUUUGCUUUGGUUAUUGUUUUCGUUGUCAUCUUUGCCAUUCUUGGCAUAGCUUAUGGUUUCCUUGCUGCUACCAUGGCCAUACAGAGGAUUUGGCAGAGACACUACCACAUCCUUACUAAGAGAGAGCUCACUAAGGAAUACGUAGUGGAGGAUCUUCAUGGCUGCUAUACCCCACCAAAACUGGAUCCAGAACAUGAAGAACGUCUGAAAAUGCUUAAGCUAUUGUAAUAAAGAAGUUGAAGUUAUGUCUUUUUCCAAGUGUUCUGAAAAUGCACAUUUUGUUGGUAACAUGUUUAAAGAUGAAGAGGAAAAAUAUGCAGUCUCGUUUUUCCUUGGAUGCUCACUAAAAUGUAAACCUGAUCUUGCAAUACUGACUGGACGAAAAUGUGGGGUUAUAACCAUCUGUGCGGUUUCCUUUACGUUUUCAAAUCUAUUGGUUUUACUUUCUCGUAAUUUAUAUUAGCUUUGAAAUCAAAGUAUUUAUUCAA